CGUCAGCCGAAAAAGUUGUGUUACCUCGCAGGCUUAAAAUUACCUGCAAAAUGGCAACGAAGGAAGUUUUGUUAUGCGUUCUAACAUGCAUAGCUUUUUCAAAAGCCUCUUUUAAUUACAUGAGUAUUCGCGAAAUUUACCCUCCUCUUAGUCCUGCCUCGGUGGCCGAGCUGGACGCCUUGUGUUCUUCUGCACCGUCAAUUGAAAACGGUACGGUCUCCAUUGAAUUACAACGCAGUAAAGAAAAAUUCUUUCUGGUGGCCUCCUAUUCCUGUAAAAAAAACAGCGACAAACUAAGGCUUGUCGGAGACAAGGCUUUGUACUGUUCAAGAGGCCAAUGGCGUGGUAAUAAACCCGAAUGCAAACCAAUUCGGGCUCGGCCAAAAUCUUUGAAUUGUGCAAAUGAUAAUGGCGGUUGUUCUCAUAUAUGUAACAGAUCUACUGGGAAAUGCGAAUGCUGGGAGGGUUAUUCUCUGAAUUCCGAUUUACGUACUUGUAAAGAUGUCGACGAAUGCCAGAAUUCAAAUGGGGGUUGCUCUCAGGUUUGUAACAACCUUCCUGGAGAAUAUAUAUGCACCUGCAGAUCUGGGUUUGACAUAGACAUAAAGGAUGGAAAAUCUUGUUUUGACAUCGAUGAAUGUGCCGAUCCUGAUUUGUCUUGGGACUGCACAGCUGGCUGUGAGAACACAUAUGGAUCCUACAAAUGUCUACCAUCAACAGUAGGCAGAGUUGAUCCCCCAGAUGCCUUGGCUGCCACCGGAAGUGAAACAAUUUUGUGCAAACCCGGCUUUAAGCUGUCUGACGAUGGCAGCGAGUGUCAGGACAUCAACGAAUGCGCCGAGUUCGAUGAUGAUGAUAGACCACGUUACUGUGAGCACAAAUGCGAGAACCUAAUAGGUUCAUAUAUUUGUCACUGUCCCGAGGGUUAUCAUCUACUCGACGACCACCAAAGUUGUGCCUCGAACACUAAAAAACCAUCGAAACAAACAAAAUGCCCAUCCGGUUUUGAAAGAACUGCUGAUGGUAGCCAGUGUCAGGACAUCAAUGAAUGCAUAUCCCUUACUAAUCCCCAUAAUUGCCAACAAGAAUGUAUUAAUGCGAUUGGCUCAUUCAACUGUAGCUGCAUUGCAGGCUAUCAUUUAAUGAGUGAUAUGAAGAGUUGUGAAUUGGAUGCCAUUGAGAAACCUCCAGAAACUGUACUACAGUGCAGUCAUUUCAUUCAGGAUGGAAAUCGCUGCUCAUGUCCUCGUGGCCUCAAACUGAUCAACAAUACCACUUGUGUAGAUCCCUGUGAGAUCGAAAACAAUGGUUGCGAACACAUCUGUCACACUUCCACUGGUGGUCAGUGCUCUUGUCGCAAUGGAUUCAGCAUAAAUGCCAAUGGAAAGAGUUGCGACGAUGUAGACGAGUGCUUGGUGAACAACGGAGGCUGCGACCAGCUCUGCCUUAAUAUACCAGGCUUAUAUAUGUGCAAAUGUGACAGCGAUUCUGAGCUGUUACAGGACCAAAAGACGUGUCAGAAAAAGAUCCCAACUGUUUCACCUAUGAUUCUUUUCUACUGCCCGGCACUGCGUUCAGUACCCAAUGGAGUUAUAAAUCCGCCUAGCUGCACCGAAGGCCCCUCUGCAGAUAACACAAUCUGCAGACUGACGUGCAAUAACGGCUUUGAGCCCGAUAAAUUAGAUACUGUCCGUUGCUCGAUGUGGUAUACUGGAUGGCUUUACGACUCUCAACUAAGUUGCAUACCAAGCAAGCGAAAUAGUGGGCCUUCAAGAUUACCAAAAGAAACCAGAACCAGAUAUACGGCCUUUGACCCGGUCGGGGUACCAUUAUAUUAAAAACAAACAGCGUAACAUGACAUCCCUAGAACUCUAUACAUAUCAAAGACAAUACGUAAAAAGAGUGAGCCCGUGAAGGUCUUGGUCUAUAUAAGCACUGGAUUAUGGAUAACCAUAUCUCACAUUUCUGCAUCUGAUAUUGUAGGUCAGGCUGGCCAACGACUGUGUACUUUUAACAAUCAUCGAAUAGUUACAUCUCUUUGUAUUACAUUCUGCUGUGAAUAUAAUGUAUUAAUUUAUGUCUCGGGGAUGGAAAACCUUUAAUUUAUUAACACACUUGGUAUAUGUAAACUUUUGUAACAUUUCAUCAGCAUUAAUUUGGGGCUUAUCAGCCAGCGUGCUGUAAGCCAACUGAACUCUGUAAGCAAAACCCGAAUAAAGAAACCUAAAAAAAACUAAAACGAAAUAAAACUUCCGGAGUAAAUCAAUGCAU